AUGGCUUCUAGGGACAACAAUGUAUUUUUAAAGGGUGGUAGAUUAUUUCAGCAAUGGAUUGUCGACAGUUAUGUGAAAAUUGAAAAAGAUAGGAGAAAUUUCUCUCGAAAUAAUCAAAAGAAACUUCGUGCAGAUACUUACGAAGGUCUAAUUGAUCAUUUACAAAAAAGAGCUAAUGAUUUGAACAAUGAAGUUGGGAAAAUUGUAAUACUUCUAUCAUCUUUCACAGGUUCUCCGAGAAAUAUGUUACAGCAUUACCAAGAUGCAAUGGCUAUUGAACAAUUAUUUGGCGAAGUGAUUGCUUAUGUGUAUGUCAUUGAAUAUCAAAAACGUGGAUUGCCGCAUAUGCAUUUAUUAGUGACUUUGAAACAAAAUUAUAAAAUAACAACACCCGAGAUUGUAGACAAAUAUAUUUCGGCAGAAAUUCCAAGUCAAUCAGAAAAUGUUAUACUUCAUGACAUCGUUAUGAAAAAUAUGAUUCAUGGCUCAUGUGGAAAUUGGUGUAAAGAUAAUAAUAGUAAAUGUUUGAAAGGUUUCCCAAAACAAUUCUGUUCUGUGACAAUAAUGGAUGAAAACGGAUACCUAACGUAUCGCUGCCUUAAUACAGGACAAUACGAUCACCUAAAUGGAGGAACUACAGAUAAUCAAUACGUUAUUCCAUACAAUCCUACAUUACUUCAGUUAUUUAAUUGUCAUAUUAAUGUAGAAGUAGUUUCAACAUGUGAUAGAAUAUUUGGUAGACCAUUACAGAGUAAAAGUCAUUCUAUUCUUCGAUUACCUGUUCAUUUAAUUAAUCGGCAUACUGUAACCAUUAGUGAAGAAGCAAAUGAUGAUGCUAUAAAUGAAGCUUUACAGAAACGGACUAUGUUAUUAGAAUAUUUCGAUUUAAAUAGGCGUGAUCCACAAGCUAGACAAUAUACAUAUGCAGAAAUUCCAUGUUAUUAUGUUUUUAAGAAAGAAGGUGGUGAAAAUGCAUUAAAAUGGGUGAAGCGUAAAGGGUCAUUUAAUGUCAUUAGACGGAUGUAUUCAAUUUCGCCCAGUCAAUCAGAACUGUUUCAUCUUAGAUUACUUUUAAUAGUAGUUAAAGGCGCUACAAGUUAUGAUGAUCUGCGAACUGUCAAAAAUAUUUUACAUGCAAUUUUUCGUAGUGCAUGUUUAGCAUUAGGCCUUAUUGAAGAUGAUGGAGAAUGGGAACGUGCUUUGACAGAAGGAGAAGUAUGGAUGAUGCCACAACAAUUAAGACGUUUAUUUGUGCAAAAUCAAGCGAACAACGAAAUGUCAUUGCAACAACAUAAAGAGAUUGGUGAAAUGCAAUAUGUGAAACUGAAUUCCAAACAGAAGGAUAUUGUUGAUGAAGUAUUAAAUGUAGUUAUUCAAGAUAAAAGAAUACCAUCUUCUUCAUGUUAUUACAUUGAUGGACCAGGAGGAAUGUCAUUACAGAGAAUGAUGGUUGGUGUAACAAUUGACAUACGAGCUCAUUCCAGAAAAUGA